AUUUAUUUGGUAAUGAAUCACAUCUGAGUGGCUAAACAUGUUCCAUUUGCAAGCAUACUAGCUUUGGACAUCAUUAUUUGUCCCCCCUACCACCACCUUAGCCGCUUAACCACCACCAGCAGCACCUGCACUAGCACCAGCAGCAGCAAAUGGACCCGCAGUUCACAGGAAAGUCCGCACCGGGCGUGGUGGACCUGGACCAGAUGCCGGAGACCCCGCAUCGGGGGUCCUACCACCGGCGGGCCCACUCGGACACCUCCUUCCGCUUCCCGAACCUCGACGACCUCCUCCUCUUCGACCCCUCCGACCUCGACCUCUCCGCCCUGCCAUCUCCAUCGCCCCCGCCAAGUGGCGCUCCCAUGGCCGUCGAUUCCUCCUCCAAGUCCUCCGACGAGUCCAAGCCCAGGCCCACCGCCUCCGGGCCCGCGGCCCAUCACUUCCGGAGCCUGUCAGUGGACUCGGACUUCUUCGACGGCCUGAGCCUCGGCGACGCCAAGGAGGCGGUGGCGCUGGGGGAGAAGAGGGUGCACCGUCACAGGCAUAGCAACUCCAUGGACGGGUCUUCGACGGCGUCGUUUGAGGCCGACUCCGCCAUGGGGGCUCUGGACGCUAUGAAGAAGUCCAUGGCGCCUGAUAGACUCGCGGAGCUUGCGCUGAUUGAUCCCAAAAGAGCUAAAAGGAUUCUAGCUAAUAGGCAAUCCGCGGCACGAUCAAAGGAAAGGAAGACACGUUACACGGGUGAGCUGGAGAGGAAGGUGCAGACGCUUCAGACAGAAGCAACUACCCUGUCGGCACAGGUCACUAUGCUACAGAGAGACACUUCUGGAUUGACUGUUGAGAAUAAGGAGCUUAAACUGCGAUUACAGGCUAUGGAGCAGCAAGCACAUCUUAGAGACGCUCUGAAUGAAGCAUUGAGAGAAGAAGUGCAGCGGCUUAAGAUAGCAGCAGGCCAUCAAGCUGUCAAUGGCAGCCCUUUCAACAGAGGGUUACCCCCUCAAUAUUCCUCCCACCAGCAAUCCUUACAUCACUUUGGUAGCCCUCAGACCCAGCCACAGGAACAGCAGCAACAGCUUUACAUGACACAGUCAUCCACCAACAACCAGCAGAAUCUAAAUGGGCAGCCUCGCCCUAGCUUCUUGGACUUCAACAAGAGGGGGUAGUAAUAUCACAGGUUUAGCAGUAAAUUGAUGUUUCUGAAUUAGAGGGUAAGUAAUUCGUUGCAGGUAUCAUCAUGUACAUAUAUGCAUAUAUAUGUAUACGUAUUGCAGGUUAAAAAUUGUAAAAGGUGUUGCUUGGAUUAGUCCCUUGUAUCAGUUGCAGAUAUGGCUGUUUCCACUACUCUUUAGGAUAGGAUUUCCUCAAAAUAUGGUGUAGAGCAACCCCUACUAGGAUAAGUAAUGGUUGGAUCAUGGAUGAACAUUGUCGCUUUGUACUACUUACAGAACAAGGAGCUCAUGCUUUAGAAUGAUGAAACUUAAAUAGAGAUAAUAUGCUUCUCAUUGAGAACA